AUGCCCGGAUCCCAAAACUCCAAUCGACAUGGCGGCCUCGCCAACGUCGCCAUGCCACCAGAUUCUCAACCCGAAGGUAUGAUCGUGUCCGAUAAGACGACAAUACCAGCUGAAGAGAGCGGACCGGAUAACGUUACAGAUGUCCACGGAGAUAUAGCCUUGAGGGAAGGUAUAUCAAAUGGCCUGUCUCGUCAGCGAAAGUGGAUUAUUAUGUUUGCUUUGUGCACGGCAGUUUUCAUUGUUGCACUGGAUUACUUUAUCCUGACCACGGCUCUACCGACGGUGACCAGCGAGUUUGGAACAUCGGACGCUGGAUUUGCAUGGAUCGGAUCUGCCUACCUGCUGACUCAUGCCGCGUUCACCCCGGUCUGGGCGACCAUCAGUGAUGUCUUCGGGAGGAAGAUGGUUCUCAACGUCACUAAUGGCUUCUUCUUCGCUGGAGUCCUCAUCGGCGGUUUAUCCGGUAACACAGCGAUUCUGAUUGUAGGUCGCGCGAUACAGGGCGUCGGGGCGGCCGGUAUAAUGGUGGUGGCUCCCAUAUGCGUUGGGCAUCUCUUCAACCAGCGAGAGCGUGCUCAUUAUAUCGUUAUCCUUGGAGCCGUCAUCGCCUUCUCUUCGGCCGCUGGACCAUUUAUUGGUGGGAUUCUGACAGAAAGACUCUCCUGGCGAUGGUGUUUUUGGAUCAAUCUGCCUUUCACCGGACUCUCCUUCAUAGCCCUGACACUGUUUCUGCACAUUGAAAGUCCCAACAUAGGGCUCAUAGAAGGGCUUCAGUUGAUCGACUGGCUUGGAAGUGUGACCAUCGUCGGUGCAACCGUAAUGUUGCUUUUAGGUCUCCAACUCGGUGUGUCUCAAUAUGCUUGGGAUUCCGUGACUGUCGUCUGCCUCAUAAUAUUCGGGACGGCAACGUUCGGAAUCUUUGGUUUUAUCGAAUACAAAGUUGCAAAGACUCCGAUCAUUCCGUUAAAGCUCUUUGCACGACGCCCUCGUGUUGCGGUGAUGGUCGUUUGCAUCUGCCAGGCUUCGAUCUUAGCUGCCUCCACCUACUUCCUUCCUUUGUAUUUUCAGAUUGUUCUUGGAGCAUCACCUUCGGCAUCCGGCAUCUACUUUCUUCCGACCACUUUGACGCUUGCGCUAUUCUUACUCGCCGUUGGACACAUCAUCCAAAAGACUGGCAGAUAUAUUGCGCUAGUCAGGACCGGAGCCUGUGCGCUGCUGCUUGGAACAGGAUUUCUGGUCGACACCAAGGCGUAUCUCAGCUGGCCAAGGAUUAUCGUCUCACAAAUUGUCGUUGGCAGCGGGCUGGGCCUCCUCAAUCAAUCGCCACUGGUUGCCUUAUACGAAGUUAUCGAUCCGCAGGAUGUCACCACCGGGACAUCUGCCUACCAAUUCCUCAAGAUUUUCAGUGAAACGAUCAGUGUCAUUCUUGGGCAAGUUAUCUUCCAAAGCCAGGUGCAGAGACAGUCGGCGGCGCUCCUGCACCGGAGCUUACCACCAUCAGUGAUCUCGGCUCUAAAGAAGGGGCAGUCCAUCCUAUUAGCAUAUGAGGUAAAGAAUUUAGAAGGGGAACUGCAAGAGUUAAUACAUGACGCGUUUGUGGUAGCAUUAAAGAGAAUGUGGAUUUUCUACACUGUCAUCAGCUUCCUUGCAGUCGUCGCGAGCAUGGUCAUUAUUGGAAAGAAAUUGACGAGAUAA